UCAUUUCUCUAUUUGUAUGGUAGAAGACAACUAUUACAUGACACACGCUCUAUUUCUCUCUCUUUUCAAACACAAGCACAAGGAUGAGACAUGAAAACAUACCUCGAUUUCACCAUCUACUUCAACUUAUCAGAGUAUUUCAUGCAAACUUCUCCAACCCAAGCCGGAAACUUGAUGCUUGAGCCUUGAUCAAAGUCAGAAGAUGAUACACGCACGCACGUGAUCAUAAAAGAAACUCUACAUAAAUCAGAAAGUUUCCACUUGGGGGAAAAAAAAGGUUGCAUCUCAGCUCUUUUGGAUGCAAAAAUUGCCAAUUAUGAUGAUGCAUGCAGUAUUUGGCAGUGCAAUUAUAAUAAGAAAGAGAGUGAUGACGCAGUUCUUUCCUCCAAGAUGGAAGAAAUUUUGGAACGAAUGGGAGGUGCGAGGAAUGGUUUUAAUCAGCCUCACUACCCAAGUCCUUCUCGUCAUUCUGGGCAAUCGUCGAAAGCAUACAGCAGGGAUUCAGGUCAGAGUUGUUGUUUGGUCGGCUUACUUACUCGCCGACUCUGUGGCAACAAUGGCAGCUGGCAUACUGUCCAACCGUCUUGGAAAAGUCAACGUGGAUGGUUUUAUUGAUCCAAAUGUGGAGAUAACAGCAUUCUGGGCGCCCUUAAUGCUAGUUCACUUGGGUGGUACAGAUGCCAUUACUGCUUACUCCUUGGAAGACAAUGAAUUGUGGAGAAGGCACUCGUUUCAAGUAGUUAUUCAAUCUAUGACCACAGUGUACAUCUUUCUCAUGGCCUGGACAGGCUCUCUUCUUUCCAUACUCUUCAUUCUCAUGUUUGUUGUGGGGCUAUUCAAGUACUGUGAAAGAGUUUGUGUCCUGUACUUGUCAACCGAUAACAAUUUUAGAGACUCCAUUCAGGAUAUCACUACCAAUGAAUCCAAAAUAAUGAAGGAAUGCAAACUUAAAGAGCUAGAGGGGUACCAUGUCACAACACAUCAGGUGCUUGAGGUUGAUCAGUCUAUUCCUAAUGUUGAAAAUGAACUCCUUAUGGCCUUUGGAUUCCUUGACAUGGUCAAGCGUCUCUUCGCAGAUCUCAUAAUUGGCAUCCGAGAUGGGCAUACAAGUCGGUCAAUCUUUGACAAGAUAUCACCCGACAAGGCAUUCAAGAUAAUUGAGAUUGAACUCGGGAUUAUAUACGAUUUGCGGUUCACAAAGGCCAAGGUUAUCUACUCUAAUUUGGGAAUCUCCCUAAGAAUUGUUGGAAUCAUUCUAUCCUUUCUUGUAUUGAUGAUGGUAUCUUUGAGUGAGAUCAAACUGGUCAGAGAGAAAUUUCAUGAACAACACCACCACCGCCACUCCAACAUCGACUUUACCAUAACUCUGAUAUUGUUGUCGGUCGCCCUUCUUGUAGAGUUAUGGGCAUUUAAGCAACUACUUGUCUCUGACCAAACAACUCAUUGGUUAAUUAAGCAUGAGAAAACCAUCAUCUCACGAGCCAUCAAGUGUAUUUUACCAUCUUGCGAGUCAUCAAUCAAAACAAAACGCAGGUGGUCAUAUUCGAUGAAACAGUAUAGCUUGCUAAACUUUUCCAUGAGAUUAAAAGAAAAACCUCUGCCCUGCCGUAAAAUCCUGAAAAUGUUACGCGUUGAUAAGGCUCUAGAGAUUCAACUAUGCAAGACUAGCCCCGUAUCAGUGGGCGAACUCUUAAGAGAGAGAGUCUUCACAGCGACGAACGUAAUUGUUAAAAAUUGGUUGGGAAAGCAUAACUAUGACACAGAUCUUAAAGCUUUGUACGGCCGUAGGGGAUGCCGAACACUUGAAUACAAAGAGUCUUUUGACGACGGACAGUGUCCUGAUCUGAAAUGGAGUAUUGUCGAUUUGGAGUUUGACCAGAGCAUUCUUGUUUGGCACCUUGCUACAGAAAUCUUGUACCAGUACGACAAAGAAUUUGCAGGCUAUGAUGAUCUGGACAAAGAACUUGAAAAAGGCAACUGGCUGUCACAAUAUAUGCUAUACCUCUUAGUCGAGCAUCCUUAUAUGUUGCCACUUGGGAUGGGGCACAUCAAGUUCCAGGACAUUUAUUAUGAGCUCGGGGACAUCAUUGAACAACAGUUGAAAGCCAACAAAAACAUAAAAAUAUCUGAGCUGUUGAUUUCGAAAGGUAGCAACCAUGAGAAGCUGUUUAUUAGCAAUUAUAAAGACACCAAACUUGGGGGCAGAAGCAAUUUAUUGAUAUUGCAUGGGUGUAAGCUUGCAUCACAACUUAAAACUAUUGACGAUACAGGCACUAGAUGGCGCUUCAUUGUUGACAUUUGGAUUGAAAUGCUAGGUCAUGCGGCUAGCCAAUGCAGAGGAAGAUAUCAUGCUCAGCAGUUAAGACGUGGAGGCGAGUUUCUCACUCAUGUUUGGCUUCUCAUGGCACAUUUUGGCUUGAAUGAUCUCUUCCAGGUACGACGUGGUGGCACAAUAGCUGAUGCCAUUCUUAUGUAAAAAAUAAUGAGUCUUAAAUGUACGCAUAAUAUUGCGUUAUUUAUGUAUUUACUCAUUGGGAGCUCCAGAGCCAUGAUACA